AUGAGUAUGGACAAAUCGAAGUAUCGUAACUCAAUAGUUUCAAAUAAUAAAAGUAUUAGAACUGUUUCAUUUGAUGAUAAAAAGUAUAUCAAUGAUUCUAGUAUUGAAGGUGAACAUAAAUCUGAUGGAGAAUGGAUAAAUGGAGAAUUUAUUCGAUUUAGAGGACUUCAUUGGUUUAUUACAGGACUAUUUAUUAUUGGUGAUAUGGCAGGUGGAGGUCUCGUAGCAUUACCUACAGCUAUGAUUCAGACGGGUUUUUAUUUUGGUCUUGUUUGUAUUGCAUUACUUGCUUGUGUAACUUGUUAUACAUCAAUUUGUCUUGGAAGAUGUUGGCAAAUUUUAUUAAAAAAUUGGCCAGAAUAUGAAAGUCAUUGUAGAAAACCAUACUCAGAAAUGGCUUAUAGAGCUUGUGGCCCUAUUAUGAAAACAGCAAUAUCUAUAUGUAUUGAUGUAACACAAUUUGGUAUUGCUGUUGUAUAUAUAUUAUUGGUAGCUAAAAAUCUUUCCAGUUUACUUGCAGCAUUCUUUGAUUUUCAUGUUUCUUUUUGUUUAUUAAUUCUUGCUGUAGCUAUUUUUUUACUUCCUGUAACAUUUUUAAAAUCUCCUCAAGAUUUUUGGUGGGCUGUAGUUUGUGCUAUGGUAACAACAUCUAUUGCUGUUAUCUUAAUUGUAUGGGGUUCAAUAUCAGAUUAUGAACAUUGUAAUGCAGAAAAAAAAAUGCCUGAAUUUGUAAUAACAAAUUAUUUUGUUGGUUUAGGUACAUUUUUAUUUGCUUAUGGUGGUCAUUCAUCAUUACCUACAAUACAACAUGAUAUGAAGCAACCAUCACAUUUUACAAGAGCAUCAUUAUUUGCUUUUUCUGGUAUUUUUUUACUUUAUCUUCCAGCAGGAAUAAUGGGUUUUUUAACAUAUGGUGAUUCAUUAAGAGAUUCAAUUAUUCAAUCACUUCAAACUACAUGGAUUCAACAAGCUGUUAAUAUUUGUAUUACUAUUCAUUGUAUAUUAACAUUAACAAUUGUCUUUAAUCCAUUAAAUCAAGAAAUUGAAGAAUUAUUUAAUGUUCCGCAAAAGUUUGGUGUAAAACGUGUAGUAGUACGUACAUCAAUAAUGGUAUUAGUUGUAUUUGUAGCUGAGAGUGUUCCAAACUUUGGACCACUUCUUGAUCUUAUCGGUGGUACAACAAUUACAACAACUUCUGUUUUACUUCCUGUUCUUUUUUAUACAAUGUUAUCAACUAGACAAAAAAUGAUAGAUGAAAAUAAUAAAGAUAAUGGAAAAUCACCAAAAAUAAAAGAAGUUUUAAAAUAUUGUCCAAAAGUAACAUUAAUAGUAUGUGCAAUUAUAUUUAUAAUAGGUAUUAUUGGUGGUGGUGCAGCAACAUAUUCAUCUAUUCGUGAAUUAACAUCAACACAUUUUUCUAAACCAUGCUAUAUUUCAGUAUUUGAAAAAUCAACAACUACUUCAACAAGUAAAGGCUAUACUAAUUGCUGUGGUCAUUAUCAAAAUAUCUCAAUAUAUGGUGAUCCACAAAAAUAUUGUUCUGAUCCAGAAUUAACAUUUUAUUCAUAA